ACUUGCAAAUUGCUUGCAAAUUGCAAUCCAGGGUUCGCGAAUCGCAUUGCCAAUCUCCCACCAAAAUAGAGCUUUUUAAUUUUGAACUUGAGGAGAAGAACAAGGCUAAAGGCUUGCUAGUAUAGCAGCUAAGAGCUUCGGAGGGGUUUCGUUAAUGGAGGACCAAACUAUUUUGUUCAGUACUCGAUUUUAAGAGCAAAAGCCCUAAGCCUUCGACAUGGAAGGUAAAGGAGGGGGAGGAGAGAGGAGUUCUCCGCCAUUGAGACCCUCGAAGUUCUCGGUGUAUCAAAAUCCAACUUUAUCAGCUGCUCUAACUGCCAACAGUCUUCGCCCUACAAAACAUGCAUUUCUCUACAUCUUCUGUGUCUCAACCUUUUCGGCCUUCAUUCUCCUCAGCGUCAUUUCCAGGGAAGAUGGGCUCAUCAACAAUCUGAAACUCAGACAUGUUUCCCAUACUACAGCUUAUUUUGUUACCAAGACUAUGGAGAUUAUGGUGGGUAUGGUACUCCUGGGGUCACUAUCUGCCCUCAUCAGGGCACUUUUCUUGCAGAGAGCACGAAAUGCUGUAGAUGUAUCAAUUGCAUCGCCUUCUAAAGGAGCCAAGGGGCAGAAAGGCCUCACAGAGCGUCAACUGGGACUUUUGGGUGCAAAGCCAAAGCAAGAUGCACGGGCCGGUACUGACUCUGCAAAAAAGCCCCCAAAGUCUAAACCAUAUUCUGCUUCUUCUCCUGAUGUCCUUGUUCCACUUCAUCAGUCAAUAUCAAGUUCAAUACGAUCAUCCCGCGUUGGUGUGGAGAAGUCAAGCACCACUAGUGGGAAUAAGAUGAGUGCUUAUUACACUCCAUCAAAAUCCCCAGCUUCUCCAUCUUCUUUGUACCUUGUCCCUUCAUCUCCAUUGCAGGGUCCGUCAGGUCAGGCCUCACCAUCUAUGGACCGACUGAUCUCAACUCCCUGGUCAAAGCAACGACCCUCCACUGCAGCUGAGAUCGCAACAGAGGAAAUGCUUGAGCAAUUCUUGGCAGAUGUAGAUGAAAAAAUCACAGAGUCAGCAUCUAAAUUGGUGGGGACACCUCCUGCCACCCUUGGUAGUUUUGGCAUAGCCAGUCCUAGUAGCAUCACCAAUUCAGCAACUACUUCUGGAACUACAAGAAGCACACCACUUAGGCCUGUAAGGAUGUCCCCAGGUUCCCAGAAGUUCAGUACUCCACCAAAGAAAGGAGAAGGUGACUUUCCUAUGCCAAUGUCAAUGGAAGAGUCAAUUGAAGCUUUUGAGAAUCUAGGCAUCUACCCUCAGAUCGAGCAGUGGCGUGACCGCCUCAGGCAAUGGUUUUCUUCUGUUUUGCUGAAUCCACUACUUGACAAGAUUGAAACCAGUCAUAUUCAGGUAAUGCAAGCAGCUAGCAAACUUGGUAUCUUAAUUACUGUCAAUAAAGUAGGAAGUGAUUCCCCAAACACUGGAGCUCCUACUACUGUCUCUCCAAUUGAUGGGUCUAAAGAAUGGCAACCRACAUUUACUUUGGACGAAGAUGGGCUCCUUCAUCAGUUACGUGCUGCUCUUGUGCAGUCUCUUGAUACUGCUGCAUCAAAGUUGCCUUUACCCAAUCUGCAACAACAGCCUCAWCAACAUYCAUUUGUCCCUGCCAUACAGGAGUGCAUUGAUGCUAUAACUGAACACCAAAGGCUUCAUGCUCUAAUGAAAGGAGAAUGGGUUAAAGGUUUGUUACCACAGAGCAGAAUCAUGGCCUCAUGGGUAAUGCAUUUGUGGAAUCUCACAGAACUUGCUGAAGGAACCUGCUUGAAGAAUUAUGAAUAUCUGGGGAGUGGGGAGGUUUAUGACAAAGUGAACAAGAAAUGGACUCUUGAGCUUCCAACAGAUUCUCACUUGCUAGUAUAUCUUUUCUGUGCUUUCCUGGAGCACCCCAAGUGGAUGUUGCAUGUGGAUCCUACAUCUUAUGCCAGUGCCCAAUCUAGCAAGAACCCUUUGUUCUUGGGGGUUUUGCCUCCAAAAGAAAGGUUUCCUGAGAAAUAUGUUGCUGUGAUAUCUGGUGUCCCCACUGUUCUUCAUCCAGGAGCUUGUAUACUGGUUGUUGGGAAGCAAAGCCCUCCAAUCUUUGCCUUGUAUUGGGAAAAGAAGCUGCAAUUUUCUCUGCAGGGGAGAACAGCACUUUGGGAUGCCAUCUUACUUCUCUGCCAUAGAAUAAAGUUGGGAUAUGGAGGGAUAAUCCGGGGCAUUUAUCUUGGUUCAUCAGCUUUCAGCAUCCUCCCUGUUCUUGAUUCGGAGACUGAAGACUGACAGCAAUCUGGAACAUGUUCUGUUUGUUCUUUAAGGAUGUUUAUUUUCGCCUCUACAUGACGUUUCACUGGUUUUUCUCAUCCAAAACCAACGGGGCCAGGUGAACUAUAUGAUCAAAAGAUCACAUCGCUUCUGCUUGGGGCAGAAUUUCAUUUAUCAAGAUGCAUGUUGUACAAGGAUCAAGUUCCAUUGUCUGAAACCGGGGGGUAAAAGGCAUUUUAUGAUAGGAUACCUGGAAGUUUGAAAUUUAGCUACACAAACUUCGUUGCAGGCCAACCGCCAAUGUGAUCAAUUUUUGGACUUUGGAGUACUUUAAGAUCAAACUACUGGAUACAUUUAGUUUGUUGCUCUGAGGCUGGGUUGGUUAUAGUGGUUUUAUAUGGCCAAUAAUGACAUUUAGCUAGGUUAUCUUCUGA